GAUGCCGUGUGCUGUUGAUUGAUGUGUUGAACUGAAGAGCGAACUGAACCUGAGCCUAACAGACUACACCUAAGAGUAGAAGCAGAAGAGAAGAAGUAAGUACAACAGCAAUACACAAUGGACGUGGAGAGCAUCUGCACCCUGUUCCAGAGCUCGCUCGAUCCAGAACUACAGAAGGAUGCGGAACAGGAACUCGACACGAUCUUCAAAAUCAUCGACUUCGCACCCAGCAUCCUGAAAGUAGUGACCAAUGACCAAGUGCAACAACCAACCAGACAAGCAGCCGCGAUCUAUUUCAAGAACAUGAUCACGAACUACUGGGAGGAGAAGGAUCCCCCCAAAGGCAGUGUGGAGGGGGAGGUGCCGCCCUUCUCCAUCCACGAGAACGACAAGGCCUUCAUCAGGGGUGUCAUUGUAGAAGCCAUCUCAAGGUCACCCAGACUACUCAGGAACCAGUUGUCGACGGCGUUCCAGAGCAUCUGCAAGCAGGACUUCCCUUCCAAGUGGCCCGAACUGGCGGACCAGAUCCUGGCCAAACUCAACUCCAACACUCCUGAGGAGUUCUCGGCCGGACUGGUCAUCCUACACCAACUGUGCAAGUGCUACUCAUAUAAGAAAUCAGAAGAAUGUGGUGCUCGCAACGAGGUGUUGAAAGUGGCGCUUCCUCUCCUCUACUCCAGAGCAGCUGCCAUGUUAGCAGAUCAGAGUGAUCCAGUAGUGGAGAUGCGCAAACUCAUCCUCAAGAUAUUCCACUGUGUCACCCAGUACUUCUACCCUCUGGACACAAUCAGUAACGAGAGCUGUCAGCAGUGGUUUGUGAUGUGUCAGAAUGUUCUAGAACAAGAGGUGCCUGAACAUGUGAACUGUUUUGAAGAUGACGAUGAGAAGGAGACGUCUGUGUGGUGGAAAGUGAAGAAGUGGGCGUCCAGAAUUAUGCACAGGUUGUUCGAGAGGUUCGGCAGUCCUGGCAAUUUAAUCUCGAAUGUGUACGAGCAGUUCGCCGCCUGGUUCCUCAAGACCCUCUCGAGCCCUGGCAUGAUCACGUGUCUGUCUGUGCUGGAGAAGAAGCGACAGUGUCUGUUCAUCGCUCCCAGAGUCCUCCAACACACUCUGCAGUACCUCACUCUCUGUAUCAACCACUCAAUAUGCUGGCUCAAAAUGAAGACCCAACUGCCCGUUCUGAUCCGGGAGGUGCUGUUUCCCCUCCUGUGCUUCUCGAAGGAGGACGAGGAGCUGUGGAAUGAGGACCCCCUGGAGUACAUCAGAUCCAAGUUCGACAUCUUCGAGGAGUUCUACUCGCCCGUCAAUGCCGCCGAGACACUACUCAUACUCGCAUGCAGCAAGAGGAAAGAGGUGCUGCCCCAGACACUACAGUUUGUGGUGGGUGUGUUGACUGCAGUAGACCCCCCUAUGGAACCCCAGAAGAGGGAGGGGGCUCUGAGGCUGAUCGGGUGUCUGGCAGAUGUGCUGCUGAGGAAGAAGAUGUACAAAGUGCAAGUGGAAAACAUGCUCGUGUCACAGGUGAUUCCCCAGUUCUCAAGUGAGUUUGGCUUCAUGCGUGCGAGAGCGUGUUGGGUGGUGAAUCAGUUCGCCCUGGUUAAACUCAAAGACGACUCCACUCUUGCCAACAUCACUCAGGGUCUGCUGAACUGCAUUCUGAGUGAACAGGAGCAGCUGCCGGUGAAAGUCAAUGCAGCAGUAGCUCUUCACUCAGUCAUUGGCAGUCAGGAGAAAUCACACGCUUUAAUCAAACCAGUGGUGCCGAAAGUGCUAGAGACAGUGCUGAUGCUAAUUAGAGAGACAGUGAAUGACGAUCUGAACGGGGUGAUCCAGCGACUGAUUGGCAACUUCGAGGAGGACAUUGCACUCUACGCAGUGAACAUUGCACAACAUCUGGCAGAUACAUUCAAAGUGGUGCUGGAGAGAGAUGAUGAUGAAAAUGUGGAAGACAGGGCCAUGACGGCUAUGGGCCUGUUGAACACGAUAGAGAGUAUGGUGAAUGUGUUGGAGGAGAACAAGCCCAUCAUGCAGCAGCUGGAGCCAGUAGUGCUGUCCAUAGUCGGAUAUGUGCUGCAGAACAACUCACAAGAGUUCUACGAGGAGAUUCUGUCUAUUGUGGACAGUCUGACAGUGUCUAGUGUGUCUGCUUCGAUGUGGCAGGUGUUGGACUACAUGUUCACCAUGUUCUCACAGGAGGGUUACGACUACUUCCUAGACUUCCUGCCUCCUCUGCACAACUUCAUCACUGUAGACACCCCUGCAUUCGAGACAGACCCAUCCAGGAUUGAGAAAGUGUUCCUCGUCUGCAGGCAGGUGUUGACGAAUGAGGAGUCGAACGAGGACUUUGAGAUGCACGCGGCCAAGUUGCUGGAGGUGAUGAUUCUGCAGUGCAGCAAUGCCACCAUGGACAAGAGCAUGCCCCACUUCCUCACACUCAUCUUCGACAGACUCUCCAAGCCCAUCACCUGCUCCGAACUCAGAACCAUGUGCAUACAGGUUGUGAUUGCGGCUCUAUAUAAGAACCCAGAGCUAGUGCUGAAUAUCCUGAACACCACCAAUCUGCCCAACAGUCAGGAGCCCAUCACUCACUCCUUCCUCAAGCAGUGGAUGAGUGACUUGGACUGCUUCUUCGGACUACAUGACAGGAAACUGUGUGUGCUGGGUUUGUGUACUCUGCUGCAGCAGCACUGUGGGGGCAAAGUGGAUGUGGUCAAUGGGUCCAUGCAGACCCUCAUGCCCUCCUUUUUGACUCUCUUCAGUGGACUCAAGAGGGCAUACCAGUAUAAAGCAGAGGAGGAGAAUGACGAUGGGGAUGAAUCAGAGGAAGAGGGGGAUGGGGAAGGGGCGGAGGAGGAUGAGGAGGUGGAGGAUGACCAGGAUGCGCCCAAUGAGGACGAGGCAGAGUACCUGCUCAAACUGGCCGCUAGGGAGAAAGGGGGAGAGAUCGCGCUGGAGGAUGACAGUGACGGGGAGUAUGACGAUGAGGAUGAUAGUGAUGCAUGUGAUGAGGAGACUAAUCUGGAGAGCUACACCACCCCGCUGGACGAAGAAGACUGCGAGGUGGAUGAGUUCAUGGUGUUCAAGACUACAAUCACAGCCAUCCGAGACAGCAACCCAGUUCUGUUCCAGAAACUAACUGAGAACCUCUCAGAGUCCCAGAGGAAAGAGAUAGAUGAAAUAUUCGUGUCAGCGGAUCAGAGACACGCCGCCAAAGAGGCCAAGAAGAUCGAGAAGGCCGGCGGAUACCAGUUCCAGCAAACCGCAGUGCCUCAGAUGUUCAACUUCGUCUCGCAGAACCCAGCCGCUCCUGGUUCCAACGCAGCACCUGGAUCCGGUUCAGUUCCCUUCCAGUUCGGAGGCGCCGGUGGAGCCAAGGGUGACGCCUGACACACCCUAUAGACAGAAUUGUUUUCCGAAGCUGGAACUUUUGAAAAUUUGUCUCAAUUGAAUCAAGGCUUCAAAUAGCAAAUGAUAAGAUGUAUUUUGAACGAUGGCUUUUGUUGUUAUGUGAAAUAUUUAUUGAAUAGCGUUCGUUGAAUAUGAGCUGCUUUUAGUUAUAAACAGAAUUGGUCAAAAAUGUUAGUGCGAAAAAUUGAUCUGCGCAAUAUGAAUAUAAUAAUCUGCACCUAUUGUUGCUUCUAUUCUGAUUGUAAAUGUAGCGAAUUCGGUGACUGGCGUGACUAGAGUGGAAUUCAUUCAACCGAUGCUUUUUUCUGUUGUGCGCUAGAGAUAUUUUCAUAUCAACUGGGCCAUUGGCGUCUAACUUGUUUACUUGGAAAAAAUCCGGUAUAUGAACUAUUGAAUUGUUCGAUAUUGCAAACAAUUGUCGAAUUAAUAAAUUUCCUGAGGAAUCUA